AUGGCUACCGUCACGCUUGGCGGCACCGCGUUCGCCAUUUCGGGAGAUGUUCCCAAGGCUGGAGACACCGCUCCCGAUUUCACGCUUACCGGCGGCGACCUCGGUGACGUUUCGCUCCGCGACUACGCCGGGCAGCGGCUGAUCCUCAACAUUUUCCCGAGCGUGGACACCCCCGUGUGCGCGAACUCGGUCCGGCGCUUCAACGCAGAAGCCGCCGCCCUCGAGGGGGUGAGCGUCCUGUGCGUAUCGCGGGAUCUCCCGUUCGCCCACGGGCGUUUCUGCGCCGCCGAGGACAUCGAGGCGGUCCGCUGCGUCUCGGAGAUGCGCGACAGUUCGUUCGGUAAGGCAUACGGCCUCACAAUCGCCGAGGGGCCGCUCGCCGGACUCCUGGCGCGGGCGAUUGUCGUGGUGGGUCCGGACGGCAAGGUCGGCUAUUCCCAGCUCGUUCCGGAAAUCAAGGAAGAACCUGACUACGACGCCGCACUGGCAGCCUGUGGAUAG